AUCCCCAUGCUCUGUUAUCCCUGGUUUGCUAUAUAACUGUCAUCUUGAUUAAUUGCAGCAAUUGUGGAGUAUGUACGAGAUGGCUCAACAUUGAAAGCUCUUGUCAUUCCUUCCUUUGUACAUAUUAUGGUCGCCAUAUCUGGAAUCAAGGUGUAGUUAUCUGAAAGUGUCUGAGGUAUACAAUUACUUUUGUUGUUUUGUUCCCCAUACGUGGACCUUGAAGGGAUAAGUAGGAAAUCCUUGCCUUUUUAAGGUUGAUAGGCCAUUGUGAUGUUCUAACUCUAAGUGCCAGAGGGAGAUUUUUCUUCCUGUAGCUUGUUUGUUCUUUGCUUAUGCCGUUGCCAACUUUUAAGUAUAAUUUUUAUGUGAAUUUUCUGUGUUUUGUGUUUUGUGGUCAGUCCCCCAUGUUCAAGCGAGAUGGAGACAAAGAUAAGCGUGAUAGUCAACGAGAACGAGAGAAGGGUGAAUUGGGUAAAGAAAAACGUGAAAUGUCAGAUGAGGGGGCUGAGCCUUUUGCAGAAAUGGCUAGAUUUUUCACCGAGUCUCGAUUACUGCAGCAGGAUGUGAAGUUGUUGAUAGAGGGGGUCUCUUAUCAACUAGUCAUUGCUUCUAUCAUUCAUCCUAUGGGGAACAUUGCGGAGAGACUGCUGCGAGAAGGAUUUGCUCGAUGUGUUGACUGGAGUAUAGCAAUGGUUUCCAAGGAUAAAGAAAGGCUUCGUGCUGCUGAGAAGACAGCCAAACAGCAGCAAAUACGAAUUUGGAAAGGUUACAAACCUGCAACAAUUGCUACUUUGCCCCAAGGCUCUCUUGUGUUUUCUGGAAAGGUCAUUGAAGUGGUUAAUGGUGAUUCUCUUUUAAUUAAAAGAGGUGAACAGCAGUUACAAAAGAUCUGGUUCUCCAGUCUUAGACCACCAAGGACUACAAAUCAAGCACCGAAGGAAGAAGAAAAUGUUGGUACUGCACGUAGACCACAGCAGAGGACACGUCCAUUGUAUGAUAUACCUUAUAUGUGGGAAGCAAGAGAGUGUCUUAGGAAGAAACUGAUAGGGAAAAAGGUGAAUGUGAGAAUUGACUACAUUAAGCCAGCACAAGACUCCUUUCCUGAGAAAGUAUGCUGCACUCUCACCAGAGACGAUAUGUGAGUAUUUGCUUGCUACUCGUGAUCUUCUUGUUAUCAAAAGUGAAAUGAGGAAAUAAGUUCAGGAAGAUAGAGAUAUCGUGCAGUAUACCAAUUAUUCCAUUACACACACAUCAUUCAUGGCUAGAAGAAUAGACACGAUUUUCACGCGUUUUCAGCUCUGAUAAUGUUAGAACAUUCUCCUUCACCCUAGGCUUUAGUCCUCAGGACUCUCUUUGUGCUUAGCUUUGGCCCUGGCCUUCUCCUACCUUUUGUCAUUUUUUCUGUUAGCAAUGGUUCUUGGUUCGGGAGUGCUUGAUAGAUGAGGUAGAGUUUGUAAGUAAAGUCAGGUAUGAGGAGAGUGUGUGGAUGAAGGUUCGAGGUGGGAGAGGGAGGGAAGCAUUGUAUGUGUGCUGUAUUUACAUGCCUACAGAUAGUGCUUGUGCUAAUGUUAUGGCGGAUAGUUACGUCAAGUUGAAGGAGGAUGUGCUUGGAUUCAUGCAGAAGGGGAGGGUUGUUCUUCUUGGUGAUUUUAAUGCGAGGGUGGGUAGAUCUACUAAUGUUGAUGAUGUCAUUGGGAUGUUUGAAGAGGAGACUUGUAAUGCCAGUGGAAAUAGGCUGAUUUCAUUCUUGAAUGAGGUGGAGCUGGUGAUAUGUAAUGGUAGGAAGUUAGUGUCGGAGCCUGAGUGGACUAGAGUAAGGCCGAGCCUACAGCAGAAAUCAGUGAUAGAUUAUAUAGUUACGGAUAUGCAGUUGAUGAGGGAAUCUGGUCAUGUACAGGUUAAUAUAACUGAUAUUGGUGCCUCGGAUGAUUUUCUACUGUGGCUGGAGUUGGGCCGGGUUACAAAGUGUUGUGAAAGGCAGAAGCGGACAAUAAGGAAGUUGCAUGUAGACAGAUUUUUGGAUGAGGGGGUUAGAGCAAAGUAUAGUGAGGCCUUGAAAGCGGAGGUUGAAUCAUUUUCAGAGAGCAUCAAGGAGAAAGUGAGUGAGGGUAUUAGCGGAAGUGGGUUAGUCAGUGCUGUUGUAGAGGAGUGGCAGCAGGUUGUAAAAAAGGUGGCAAGGGCUGAGGUAGGAGAGAAGGUAGUAGUGUGUGGCAGGGCAGUCAGGUGGUGGGAUGAUGAGAUUAAGCAGAAGAUAGAACAGAGAAGACAAGAAAAUUCUUGAGGGUCAGGAUUAUCUAUGGGAGGAAUAUAGUAAACUGAGUAGGGAGGUGUUGUUCAGAAGAAGCUUGAGGUUUGGAAUGAGGUAGUGGAAAGAGCAAAUUCAGAUUAUGAAGGUAAUAGGAAAGAAUUUUGGGCAUUUGUCGGUAGAAGGACAAAGGGUGAGAGGAAGCUUUGAGGAAUAGUGCUGGGGUGUCAGUGACUAGUAUCUAGAAGUGUUAAAGAGGCAUUAUCAGCAGUUGGGCACUUGUAGUGUUGAUACAGCCUUUGAUGAUAGUUGGAAAGAGGAAAGUGUGUGAGUUUCCAACAGAUUGUGUGGGAAAUGUGUUGGAUAGGGGAUAUAGAUUUGGAGGAAAUUGGAUUGUGUGUUAGAAAGUUGAAGAAUAAUAAGACUGGUGGUAGUGAUGGGCUUGUGGGGGAGCUUUUAAAGUAUGGUGGGUCAGGGAUGGUAGAGUUACUUAAACAGUUGUUUACAGUAAUUUGGCGUGAGGAGUUUGUGCCACCACGGUGGAGGGAGGGCGUCAUAGUUAACCUGUUUAAGAAGGGAGAUAAGGAGGAUCCUGGGAAUUAUAGGGGCAUCACUCUGCUGAGUGUGGUUGGGAAGGUCUUUUGUAUGGUAUUGAACGAUAGGUUGGUGAAGCAUCUGGACGAGGGCAAAGCAUUGCAUGAGGGCCAGGCUGGUUUUUAGGGUUGGAAGGGGUUGUGUUGAUGAUAUUUAUACGCUGAAUGAACUCGUGCAGGGUUGACUAAAGGAGGGAAGGAGACAUCUGCAUUCUUUCGAAAGAAUGCGAUGGUGUGUGGCGCAAUGGCCUGUGGUUUAAGUUGUGGGAAUUUGGGGUAAGAGGGAAGAUGUGGAGGGUUAUAAAGAAGAUGUACGAGUAUUCAAAGAGUGCUGUAUUGUUGGAUGGGGAACGGUCAGAGGCAUUUGAUGUGGAACAGGGGGUAGCUCAGGGAUGUAGCUUAUCUCCAAUUUUGUUUUCCGUAUUUAUCAAUGGGUUGUUGAGGGAGGUGGAGGAAGGUGAGAUUGGGAUCGAUUUAAGUAGUGGUGGGAGAUUUGGAGGCCUUUUGUUUGCAGAUGACUUCGUUGGUGUUAGUGAGUCUAAGGAUCAGUUACAGACGCUUAUAGAUGUGGUGCAUGCCUACUGUCGAUAAUGGAGGCUAAAGGCUAAUGUGAGUAAGAGUGCAGUGAUGGUGUUCGCUAGGGAGUCAGUGGAUGGUGCUUGGAAAUGGGGGGAGUAUGUUUUGCCUAAAGUAUCUAAAUAAACAUACUUGGGUGUUGAUUUCACUAGUACUGGUGCAUGGGAUGUGCAUAUCAAGAAUGUGUUAGACAAUGGUAGAAGGAAGGUUAAUCAGUUGCAUAGUGUAAUUAGUAAUAUGGAUAUUAAUUUGAGUGCUCCCAGGUUGUUGUUGCUGGCGGUGGUUAGGCCAACUUUAGAGUAUGGGAGUGAGGUGUGGGAAUCCAAUAAGACUCAGGCAGCUGCAGCUAAGCAUAUCCUUGGGUGUUCGUCUAAGACAUGUAAUGAAGCCGUUAGGGGGGAUAUGGGGCUUGAUACGUUACAAGGGCGUAGGGAUAAGAGUAAGUUGAAGUGGUGGUAUAAGUUAGCGGCAUUGCCAGGCAAUAGGUAUCCGAAGAAGCUUUUAACCAGGAAUGGAAUUUUAAGCCACGGAGAGUCAGGCAGAGGAAGUGUUGGAGUAAGGUCAUUGGUGAUCUAGGUCUUGACGAGGCAGAGUGGUAGCAUGAUAUUCAAAAUGGGGAUUGCUCCUUGUAGGGCUUUCAGUCUAUAGUAGGGGACAGUAUUAAUGAGGGGGAGAUUAGAAAGUUUGAAGAGGUGCUAAAUAGCAAAGUAAUGCUGUUGUUGUAUAAGACAUUAACAAGGUGGUAGAGUUCAAAAAGUACUUGCAUGGGAAAAGUGGUGCUGGGUCUAGAUUAAUGUUUAAGUUCGGGUCAGGCACGCAUGGGCUAAAUGAGGAACUGGGUAGGCAUAGGGGGAGGGAGGGUAUGAAGGAGUGCCUGUUGUGUGAUGAUGAGUGUCAAAGUGUGAGUCAUGUAGUUGUGGAAGUGUCCAGCACAUAGUAGUCUUAGGAGCAAUUUCUUAAUUGCCCUGCAGGUGAAGCUUGGGGAUGAUGGAUUUGAGCAUUUCCAGUCGCUUGAAUGUUUCAGGAAAGCAUCCUUUAUAUUGGGUAGUGAGCU